UGGCUGCUGCAGUUGAGCCUGUGUUUUCAAUCUGCAAGGUUGCAGGUAGUGAAGUAAAUAUACAUUUUGUGAAUUCUGGAUACGUUUUGCAAUUGAUUAUUGGUGAUCGGGUUGAUCCCUCGUGAUCAGCUAACUUAGCUCAUCACUGCGCUGCUAAAUCUUAGCCAUGCCUGCUCCUUUUGGCCUGACGGAGGACUUCCUUGUUUGUGUUAUGGGGAAAUAACCAGACCUUCGACCGAGGGAGCUCUGUUAAGUUGGCAAAGAAGGCAAAUCGGAAAUGGCCUCGUUCAAAUCAGCCUGCGCAGUCCUCACAGCCGUCUUCUUCCUAAGCCUUUGUGUAGUUUCAGCGGUCAGUCAGCCGCCGCACAUCGUGUUCAUCCUGGCAGAUGACUUCGGAUGGCAUGAUGUGGGCUACCACAGCUCUGAGAUCAAAACACCACACCUGGACAAGCUGUCUGCCACUGGCGUCCGGCUGGAGAACUACUAUGUCCAGCCUCUGUGUACUCCCUCACGAAAUCAACUCAUGACCGGGAGAUACCAGAUCCAUACUGGCAUGCAGCAUCAGAUCAUCUGGCCGUGUCAGCCCUACUGUGUGCCGCUGGAUGAGAAACUGCUGCCCCAGCUGAUGAAGGAGGCAGGCUACGCCACGCACAUGGUGGGCAAGUGGCACCUGGGAAUGUACAAGAAGGACUGCCUGCCCACCCGCCGCGGCUUUGACACCUAUUUUGGCUACUUGACAGGCAGUGAGGAUUACUUCAGUCAUGUCCGCUGCAUUCAUAUUUCUACUCUGAACCUGACUCGCUGUGCGCUGGACCUGAGGGAAGGGGAAGAGGUCGCCACCGGAUACAAUGGAACCUAUUCCACUGAGAUGCUCAGCGACAGGGCUGUUAGCAUUAUUGCUAAACAAAGCCCCAACAAGCCUCUGUUCCUCUACGUGGCGCUGCAAGCCGUCCAUUCACCACUGCAGGUGCCAGAACGAUACGUGGCCCCCUACGCGUUCAUCAAAGACGGCAACCGCAGGCACUAUGCCGGCAUGGUGUCGGCCAUGGACGAGGCAGUGGGCAACAUCACCCAGGCUUUGCAGGAGAGAGGCCUCUGGAACAAUACAGUCUUGGUUUUCUCAACAGAUAACGGUGGCCAGACGCUGUCCGGUGGCAGUAACUGGCCUCUGCGAGGGAGGAAGUGGUCGCUGUGGGAAGGUGGGGUCAGGGGAGUGGGAUUUGUCUCCAGCCCGCUCCUGAAGAAGCCUGGGACCGUCAGCCGCGAGCUAAUCCACAUCUCUGAUUGGCUGCCUACGCUGGUCGGCCUGGCGGGGGGGAAGAUCAACAGCACGAAGCCGCUGGAUGGGUUCAACGUGUGGAAUACAAUCAGCAAAGGAUUUGCCUCACCCAGACUGGAGCUGCUGCACAACAUUGACCCUCUGUAUAAUGACGAAGGUCCAUGUCCUCUCAGGGCCCAGCAGUUGACUUUGGCUGACGUGGUCAGCGGAGGCUCCUGGGCCAAAUCUGGUUUCAAUGUGUCCAUUCACGCGGCCAUCCGAUCCUCAAACUGGAAGCUGCUGACUGGCUACCCGGGUUGUCCCAACUGGUUCCCCCGACCUGGCCAGAACAGCUCCGGGUCUUCCAAGGUGGAGCCGCUGAAGUCUGUAAUGCUGUUUGACAUAGAAAAGGAUCCAGAGGAGAGGAACGAGGUAUCUGAAAAGUUCCCCUCAGUAGUGGAUCUUCUCCUCAGUCGACUCCGCUACCACCAGAGUAAUGCGUUGCCAAUCACAUUCCCUGAUGAUGACCCCAGAUGUGACCCAGGCGUCUCUGGAGCCUGGGGACCCUGGGCUUAGGCGGCGAUGAUGAUGACUAUCAACUUUCACACAGAUGUGAUAGAAGUAUUCUAUUUUGCUGUAUUUACUAUGAACUGCAACACAGUUUCAGAGCCACAAAACACCAGCAAGUAGUGUAUCUGUUGUAUGUCUUUUACAAAAAUACCUUCCACCCUGUUCUCUCUCUAUGGUGGAUUUUAAUCAUCAGGCACAGUAGAAUUUAUAUUCAAGCUAUCUAACAGGUCUAUGGAAUGGAUAUAAUAAUAAAAAUAUAGGGAACAGAAAAAACUCUUCUCAGAACUUUUUAGUAGGAAUUUUCUUGAUUAAGCUGCACAAAUAUGGGCAUGUUAUUUAUUUCUGAAGCACCCUUCUUUCAUGUGAUGGGACUCUACAGCAUUUUUAUUAUCACUUGAAUUGUGCCUUAACAAAUCAGAAUGUAUGGGAAAAGACCAUAACUUGAUUGUGCAUUUUUAUUGAGAAGGAUAUGUCAUUCUUAAUGUUUACAUUAUUAUAAAAAUGUGACCAACUUGA